AUGUUGGGAAAUCUGUGGAUGCUGUGCCUGUGUCUCUGCUUCUCCUGGGCCGAAGCUCGUAUAUGGGCCUGGAUGCUCAACAUGCCCCACAGCCCUCCCAAAGAAGGAGCAAAGGCACUUAGAGAAAGUGCUCCUGUAGCCAAAGCAGCUACGGCUGUGUGCGACCAUGACAGGACCUGUGGGAGGGGCUUCUCCUGUGAUCGACACUUUGGUCUUUGUGUUCCUCUAAGAGGGGAGGGCCACUACUGUCGGAGGGAUGCCCAGUGUGUCCGCGGACUCAGCUGCAUGUUUGGGAAGUGCCAUCGCAGCAUCCCCAACGGACAGGAGGGUGCCAGAUGUAAAGUUGACAGGGACUGUGACGCAUCCAUGUGCUGCGCUCGACACCACGGCGAGCAGGUGUGCAAGAGGCGUCUGAUCCACGGCGAGAGCUGCUAUGUUCCUGAUGGUGGCCUUGCUUUCAGCAUUAACCAAAUUUGUCCAUGUGAUGAGGGGCUACUAUGUCGUGAAAACAGUGCAGCACGGCAGAGAGAGUGA